UAUUUUAUUGUGGGACUCAGCUUCCCGUUUCAGAAAUGCCUAAACCUUUAAGGAAACGUGUACGUUGUGAGAUAAAAUUAAGCUGACAAAGCCUAGAUGGAUUGCGAAGAUGUUGCAUGUACACUGUAAACCACUGCUGUUAUUACAUGUACUUGUUAUUAUUCUAAGAACAGUAGAUAGCGAGAACAAUACACGUGCACUAGUCAUAUCAAAUGAAGCAGUAACGUGGUUAGAGGGACAGAGACAGUGUGCAGAAAAGAAUGGACGACUUCUCAGCUCGAACGACUUCUCUCUCUACCUUCAGGAAGUUCUGGAGAAAGUGUCGGGCGAUUUCUGGCUCGGCGACAUACAGAAAGUUUCCGAAUGGAUCCAUAUCUUAGGUUGCUACAGUAAGGCCAGUAUUGAAAACAAGCUCUUCUCAUCUACAAACUUUACCAUCGGUCUAACACCGGGACGCUGUCAAGAAUAUUGUUUCUAUGAAAAAAUGUCUUUAUUUUUUGCUAUCAAGGAAGAAACAUGUUACUGCCUCAAACCUGACUUUAAUUUACCAGACACAGCCUCGGUAACCAACUGUGAUUAUAACUGUAACUCGGAGGAACCAAAGGCCUGUGGUAGCAAAACAGGACCAUAUCUGAGUGUUUACAAAACAACUAAUACAUCAGGUAAGAAUAUCUUGGCUGAACGCUGA